AAAAAAUCAUUGUUAGGGAGUGAGGAAGCUGUGAGCUCGUAAUCACUUCUCUUCGAAAAACAUCUCAACAUGUCACUUCUCGGCUCUGUCUUAUUGUUGUUAAGUAUUGUGGGUGGCACUGUGUCCAUCACGGUGCAGGUUUCUCCAAAGGUUCUGAACGUGACCAUCGAUCAAUCUGCAACACUUGAUUGUAAUUUUUACACCAAUGAACCCUUAACCAACCUAAUGGUCCAGUGGACUCUCUACCCAUGGGGCUCUGAGAACCCGGUACAGGUGUUCUUUUAUCAGGCAGGAGUUUAUGUGGUUGGACAACAUUUCAAAGACAGACUGAACGUCCUAUCUAAAAUGGGUACUUUCAUGAACGCCUCCAUCUCCAUCAGCAACAUGAAGACCACAGACGCCGGGACUUACACGUGCGAAGUCCGUAACCUCCCCGACAUCGAGGGCACGACUGAGGCUAGCAUGAGGGUCCAUGUCUUUGAGAAACCGUCACACCCGUUCUGUGGUGAGCAUGGAGACGUGGCGACGGGUCACCUGGUCACUCUCACCUGCCACUCGGAGAAAGGCAGCCCUCCUCCUGUGUACACCUGGACCAAACUCAAGCAGGGGAUGAGCCAACAAGUCACUGGCGUUACAAACAUGAACUCUGGCGUCCUGUACAUCCAAAACAUUUCGCAGUUCGAGUUUGGAACGUAUCAAUGCAACGCCUCCAACGCUGUGGGCUUCAAAAUCUGCACCAUUGAACUGAGUUCAGAGAUGAACCAUGCAGUGAUAAUAGGCGCGGUGAUCGGAGCCCUGCUGUGUUUCGCUUUCAUCCUGCUGCUGGUGUGGUUCAUCACUCAUCAUCUGAAGAAGCAAAAAUACAAAGCAGCCAAAGCUAGCGAGACUCAAGCUGUGAACUAUAAAGCCGUCCCUCCAAAAGACACCGUCCCUGAAUAAAUCACCUGAAUAUGCAAUAUAUCGCCAAAAGUUUGUGAAAACCUGAUUAUUCUGAAGAUGUGUUUUGGUGUUUGUGGAGAUUCUUUCGGCCAUAAUGAUGUUAAGGUAAUGAGAGUUUAGGCAAGGAUUACGUGCGUGUGGAAAAGUCGGGGGUCCCAAUACUUUUGGCAAUAUAAUGCAUCACAAAGAAAGCUUUUUAUACGUGUUUUUUUAAGCUAUAAAGAAACCCAAUGAUGUUUAUAUAAUUUGGUUUUAAACGCACUGACUUUGCUUUAUAACAAAACAGAUGCAGCUUAAAACGUGUGGUGAGAUUCGCCUUUUUGUUUUUCUUUAAUUUGUCUCAGUUUUGUUUUAAUAAACAAAUGAGCCUUAAAAAAUGA